AUGGAAUCUACAAUAACUAAAAGCACAAGCAGCAGCAGGAGCGGCAGCAGGAGUAGCAGCAGGAGCAGCAGCAGGAGCAGCGGCGGGAGCAGCAGCAGCAGAAGCAGCAUCAGCAGCAGCAGCAGCAGCAGCAACAGCGAGAGGGAGAGCAUAUUGAGUGAGGAGAGGCAGCUGCUGUGUAUAACAAAGAAAGAGCUGGCGAGCGUCUCUGCUGCAUCUGCGGUGUAUGCACCUCUGACCCCAGUGGUAGGGGGCCCCCCUUCUUCGAGUGAAGGAGAAGCAAAUGCUGAGGGCCGAUAUAAUAAAUGCUUGUCGCCUCUACCUUCUGUCUCUUGUCUCUUUUCUGUAGAAGCGCAACCAUUCAGAGGGAAGCAGCUUCAUCAGGCUUCAACAGAGACGCAGCAGCAGCAAACAAAACUCAUAGAGGGGGCCCCCAAACCCGAUGAGGGGCCCCCAGUGUGGGGUAGAGCAGCAAGCAGCUGGUCGUGGGCAGAUAGCCCUUCGCUUGAAGCCUCAUCUCCUGCUGCUGCUGCUGCUGUUGUUGCUGCUGCUGCUGCUGCUGAGGACUCCGCUGCUACAGCUGCUCAUGGACAUGCCGCUGUUGCAACUGUUGGGCCUCCUGAAACAGCAGUUGCUGGUGCUGCAGCAGCUGCAGCAACUGCUGUUGCUGCUGCUGCAACGGGUGUGAAUGCUGCUGCUGCUCCUGCUAACGCGCAGCUGUCUCUUAGGGCAGAUGGGCCCCCGAAGACCCUCAUGGGGGCCCCAGAAGAGCGCCUCUCAGGGGCCUCUCAGCAGCAGCAACAGCAACAACAGCAACAGCAGCAACAACAACAGCAACAGCAACAGCAGCAGAAGAAGCAACUCUCUAAACGCUUGUUGCAGAAGGCUGCAGCACGGGGGCCCCCGCAGCAGGUUUCUGGGGCCCCCCCCCUUUCUCUCUCUGGGAGACAAUCGGAGUUAGUCUUGCGGGUAAACAACAUGGCAGCCUUAGGGGGCCCCCAAGGGGGGCCCCCCUCCGAGGGCCCUAAUAAUCAAUUAUUAUUAGAAGGGAUUCAGCAGGGGCCCCUAACAGGGGGCCCUAGGAGACCAUUCUUAUCUGGGGGCCCUAAAGGGGGUCUCCCUGGCCCCAAAGGGGGGCCCAUCUCAGGGGACCCCAAAGGGGGGCCCACCACAGGGGGCCCUAAAGGGGGGACCCUCACAGGGACCCCCAAAGGGGGGCCCACCACAGGGGGCCCCAAAGGAGGGCCCAUCUCAGGGGGCCCCAAAGGAGGGCCCUACUUGGGGGGCCCCAAACGUGGGCCCCUUUCAGGGGGCCCCAAGGGGGGGGCCCCCUUAGAGGUCCCCAAACGUGGGCUCCUUUCAGGGGGCCCCAAGGGGGGGGCCCCCCCAGAGGGCCCCAAUGGAGGGGCCCUCUCAGAGGGCCCUAAAAGGCCUCUGUCUGGGGGGGCCCCUAGAUGGAGGACUCUGCGCCGAGACUUUUCAAUUGCUCAGCUGUUAAACCGAAAAAGGGGGGAAAAUUCGCAGCAAAGAAGGUGA